AUGCCACCAGCAAAAGGGAAAUCAGCUCGUCGCAACGCCAACAAUUUAGGAAGAGAUUCGGUUAUAAGCUCUCCGAAUUCAAGUGAUAAUGUUGACCCAUCCGUCAAUGCCAACGAAUCGUCCUCAUCGUCGGAACCGGAAGACCCAAUGCUCAUGGGCUUCAAUCUUCUUCGUGAUGCCGCAACAAGGUUGUCUUUGUUGGUUGUGUCUCCGCCAGAAAGUGACAGAGGUUUCUUUGUCAGUUCUCACAAGACUGCAGAAGACGACGCAGAUUUCUUGAACGAUGAGCUGUAUAGCAUCCAGCCCGAGACAUUCCACCAUAUUCUCGGUGGGCUCUUCCCAGAGGCAUACGAAAGGAAAAACGAUAUGGUUCCUUCGUCGUUUGUUCACCCAGUUCAACUAUCAAAGCGUUCCAACAACAAACGUAAAAAUCGCAACCGUCGGAGACGUAGAAAUCGUGCAGCAGGAGUUGGUUCUCUGAGCAGUCAAGUAACUGGUGCGGAGAAUAGAGAUGAAGAUUCGGAUGACAAUUCUGGCCCAAAUACCUCAGAGACUCAGAGCAUUGCUCCAACCCUCGCUUCGCACUAG